AAGACAAUUCCCUGAUAUUGAUUUUGGUCCGUUGGACGACAUAUGUAAGCCGAGGAAUCUGAUGGCACCAUGUGAUGUAUGGAGCCCUUACAGGACUCCCAGCGGCGUCUGUAACAACUUGGCCAACCCGAGAUGGGGAAAGGCUCCAACUCAAAUGAGACGUUUUCUACCGCCUGUCUACCAAGACGGAAUUGGCUUACCUCGCACAAAGAGCGUGUCUGGUGCUGAUCUUCCUAGUGCGCGUUUCAUCAGUUUGAUCGUCCACGGUGCUUCUGACCCCAGUGACAUUCCCAAGUACGAGGAUAUCACCCACAUGUUCAUGCAGUGGGGGCACAUCACCGACCACGACAUCACCCACGCGCCAGUCCUCACACGACCAGUUAGAAAACCCUUGUUACUCAACUGCUGCCUGGAGGGAGCCUCCGUCGCCGCAUCUGCAGCUUCAGUGGGAGUGCGGUCCUUCGUUCCAAUUAUGGCAAAUCCAUGUUUUCCUAUCCCAGUUCCACCGAAUGACCCAGUUUUUAUCGGCCGCACAUGUUUAAACUUCACAAGAUCUAUACAAGGACCCAACCUACAGUGUACCAAUGCUCCAGUGGAACAGAUAAAUGCAAUCACAGCCUUUGUGGAUUCAUCUAAUGUGUAUGGAUCGAGCAAGGAGGAAAGUGACAACCUGAGACUGAGAGUAGAUGGUCUCCUCAACUUCACCGAUUUCAACCUUCUGCCAACAGAUGAGAAGGAAGAUGUUUGCGAUGCACCGUGCUUUGAUGCAGGUGAUACCCGUAGGAACGAACAGAUGGGCCUAACCAGUAUGCAUACCCUGUUGAUGAGAGAACACAACCGUAUUGCCAGGACUCAUACUCAAGUACAACCCAUAUUGGAACGAUGAGAAAAUAUUUCAA